AUGGAACAUAGGAAAGACAGGAGGAGACCUUUAACAGGAUCAGACAAGCAGAAGCCUACAGUAGAGUCAGACUACGAGGACGAGGAUGCAAGUGCAGCACUCGAUGCGAAGCUGGCACCUGAAGAAGCUUGGAAACAAAACCACGCCUUGAAGAAACUGCGGAGCGGAUGA